GAGGAUUAUUUGGUGACAGAACAGCAUGGAGGUGGUAGCACCAUCACUAGGUCCUGAUUCCAGAGAUCGGAGAUUUUCUUAUGAAGAUGGAGUACAGAGCUCGACGGAGGGUAGCUACUCCCCCACAUGCAGUCCACACCCCUUAGCCUUGUGUCUGGGGUCCGUGUGUCCCUCCCAGACUGUGGUGCGAGCCACGCGGUCGCCCCCAGGGCCCCUCACUCACUACGGGCUCCACGGGCCCCCAGCCAGCAAGAUCAAGAGCCUCGGUCUCACCUGUGUAGUCUGUGGGGACACCAGCAGUGGCAAGCACUACGGGAUACUCGCAUGUAACGGAUGCAGCGGCUUCUUCAAGAGAUCGGUGCGGAGGAAGUUGAUCUACAGAUGCCAGGCAGGAACCGGACGCUGCGUGGUAGACAAGGCUCAUCGUAACCAAUGCCAGGCUUGCAGACUCAAGAAAUGCCUCAGCAUGGGCAUGAAUAAAGAUGCUGUGCAGAACGAGAGACAGCCUCGCAACACGGCGACCAUCCGACCAGAGACGCUGGUAGACAUGGACCACGAGAGAGCGCUGCGGGAGGCGGCGGUGGCUGUCGGAGUGUUCGGGCCGCCUGUGUCUGUAGCCCUGGGACUGUCUCCGAUCCGCUACCACUCCGCCAUCACCUACAGCUCGCCUCCGUCACCUCCUCAGACCAACAGCAAACAGGAGCCUGACGAUGGUGAAAACUCUGAAGGAACAGAUGAUAGUAUUGAUGUGACCAAUGAGGAGCCCCCGUCAUGUACCUCUGUACCCCCCCAGCCCCCUCCACCCCCUGAGACAACACCUCUGUACCAUCCAGCUCAUGAGACAGUCUACGAGACCUCUGCAAGACUACUCUUCAUGGCGGUAAAAUGGGCCAAGAACCUACCUUCGUUUGCUUCUCUUCCAUUCAGAGAUCAGGUUAUCCUUCUAGAGGAGUGCUGGUCAGAACUGUUCCUCCUCAACGCAGUUCAAUGGUGUCUUCCGCUAGACACGAGCCCGUUGUUCAACGUAACUGAACAUCUUGCUAUGUCCCCUAAUGGCAAGGCUGGUCAGAUCGCCGCCGAGGUACGAAUCCUCAACGAUGUUCUACAGAGGUACCGCUUGGUUGGAGUAGACCCCGCGGAGUUCGCCUGCCUCAAAGCCAUCGUUCUCUUCAGGGCAGAAACGCGGGGGUUGAAGGACCCUCUCCAAGUAGAGAAUCUACAGGACCAGGCGCAAGUGAUGCUAGGUCAACACACCAGGUCUACACACCCGUCACACGCCGCGAGGUUCGGCAGACUACUGCUGAUGCUACCGCUGCUACGAGCCGUCCCUACACAGCGGAUAGAGAACAUCUUCUUCCAGCGAACCAUCGGCAACACACCCAUGGAGAAGGUGUUGUGCGACAUGUACAAGAAUUAG